AUGACGCGGCGAGCGAGAUUGUUCUUAGCUAAGCUGACUGAGAAGCGGAUGCCUGGUGUCGAUGAGAUAUCGACUCUGGUCCGAGAACUUGACGAGCAAUACUACGUGGCUUCCUGGGACGCAAGAAAUAUGCAGAUACCUUCACACUCUUUUAAGAAAAGCGUGGCGCGGGUAAGCAUAACCUACCAUCAGACAGCUCGCUCGCCCCUGACCCAGGAGGUACGACCGGAAGACGUCGUUGACCCCAAGAAGCACAUGAAGGACUGGACGGAAAUGGAUGAAGACGACUACGAUGGCGACUACGUUGCGAGCACCGAUCCAAUUCACCCAGUCAGUACCGAUUACUCGCAUCCUCUCGACGAUGACGACGGUAGCUGGAUACUCAAUCACUUCUCGCCUGAAGAGAUGGAGUCUGCGGCCGGAGAUCUAAACUUCGAUCAGAGCGGAUGGAGUUGGGACAACAACGAUAAUGUCAACGACAGCGACAGCGACAGCGAGAAGGGCGGAACGCCUAUGAUUGCUAAAUCUCAAGAAGAGAACACUACGUCACAGACCGGCGAUGACGAUCUCACCGCGUGGGGGCCGGAAGCUUCCGCGUCCUCCAUGCUUUCGAAAAUCAGCAUGGAUGGUCUCAGCGUGGAACAAAAGCGUGCGAAGGAGCAGAAAGAACUCAUAAUCGAUGCAUUCUGGGUAGUCGUGAAUGAGUCCACGGAGCCACAAAGACAAUCAGACUCCAAGAUAGAGGAUCUGAAUGUGAUCCUUCGCAGCCUAGACAUCUUUCAGUCCAGUACAGCUCCCUCAACUCCUUGCACGCCGACCAAGUCACCUCACAUGUGGGUAGAUGGUCCCGCGGACGCCCCCCAUACUCCACCAUCGACACCUGAUCGACCCGUAACACCACCAAGUCCCAACUCAACACGCACAGCUUACAACAAACAACGCAAGUUCCUCAAGAAGCGACUCCAAGAAGAUGCUAACGAAGACAAGUACUACAGUGACUUGCUCCUUGUUUCGCGAUUCGAGGCGAGGGCAUUUGAAGGACCAGAGGGGAGGUUUAUUGCUGAUCCCCAGAUGGUGAGAGCAUGUGGUGGAAGGGGGAACGGGUGGUUUCAGUAA